UAAUUACAAGCAAAUACUGUAUAUAUCCUUCUCUCUCUGCCUCUCAUUUCCCCACUCUUUCAAAUUGAGAUCGAGUAUAAGGCAAAAAGAUUUUCUUAGGCGCGGGGGCGGUGACGAGUGUCAAUGUCUUCUCAUUCUCAGAGCCUCCGCAUAUUCCUCGUUUUCUCUCUCUUCGCUCUCUCUUUCGCCGGAGGUAGUGAUGUGACCCUCGACGACGAUGCCUCUCCCAAGUCCCCCUCUUGCAACAACCCUUUUAAUUUGGUUAAGGUUAACAACUGGGUUGAUGGUGAUGAAGGCAAAACUUUAGUCGGGGUCAAUGCAAGGUUCGGGGCUUUGUUGCCUUCUCUUGCUGAUAAUAAUCUCAGAUUGCAGGCUGUUUUCUCAAAUCCCUUAAAUGGCUGCUCCCGUUCUUCAUCAAAGUUAUCUGGUCGCAUUGCCUUGUCCAUACGUGGUGAUUGUGAUUUCACGGCUAAAGCAGAAGUUGCACAGGCAGGAGGUGCUGCUGCACUAUUGGUGAUAAAUGACAAAGAAGAUCUUUACAAGAUGGUUUGUUCUGAGAAUGACACUGCUUUAAACAUUUCAAUUCCUGUUGUGAUGAUUCCAAAGUCAGGAGGAGAUGCUCUUAAUGAAUCUUUGGCAAGUGGAAAGAGAGUGGAACUACUAUUAUAUUCCCCAAAACGACCAAUUGUUGACUUCUCUGUGAUAUUUCUAUGGAUAAUGGCUGUUGGAACACUUGUGUGUGCUUCACUUUGGUCAGAGUUUACUGCCCCUGAACGCACGGAUGAGCGUUAUAAUGAGUUAUCACCUAAGGAAUCUGGAGUAACCAAAGAUGAUCCUGAGAAGGAAGUUCUUGAUAUUAGUGCCAAGGGUGCUGUAGUUUUUGUAAUAGUAGCUUCUACUUUUUUGGUGCUGCUAUAUUUUUUUAUGUCAUCUUGGUUCAUCUGGGUGCUGAUCGUACUUUUCUGCAUUGGUGGUAUUGAGGGAAUGCAUAAUUGCAUUGUGAGUCUGAUUUCAAGCAAAUGUAGAAACUGUGGCAAGAAAUCGGUGGAUUUACCUUUCUUUGGAGAAGUUUCUAUCCUCUCGCUUGUUGUGUUGUUUCUCUGUGCAGCAUUUGCAAUUUUCUGGGCCGCUAAUCGUAGAGCUUCUUAUUCAUGGUUUGGCCAAGAUGUUCUGGGUAUUUGCUUGAUGAUAACUGUCUUGCAAAUUGCUCGCCUACCUAAUAUCAAGGUAGCUACUGUACUACUUUGCUGUGCAUUUGUCUACGACAUCUUUUGGGUUUUCGUAUCACCAGUAAUAUUCCACGAGAGUGUUAUGAUUGCGGUUGCCCGUGGUGAUAAUAGUGGUGGAGAAGCCAUUCCCAUGCUUUUAAGAAUUCCCCGUAUUUUUGACCCUUGGGGUGGUUACGAUAUGAUUGGCUUUGGGGACAUUCUCUUUCCCGGCUUGCUUGUUUCAUUUGCUUUUCGAUAUGACAAGGCAAAUAAGAAAGGUGUAACAAGUGGAUAUUUUCUUUGGUUGGUUAUUGGCUAUGGAUUUGGCCUCUUUUUUACGUAUCUUGGGUUGUAUCUAAUGGAUGGACAUGGUCAACCUGCUCUUCUCUACCUCGUUCCAUGUACACUAGGUGUUAUUGUUAUUUUGGGUCUCAUUAGAGGUGAGCUGAAACACCUUUGGAACUAUGGGACUGAGGCACCAUCUAGCCUUUCGUCUGCGGAACCAUAAGGCAUUAUUAGAUUAGUCCAUAUAACAUAACAUGUAAAUCGCUGUAAAUUGGGUUGAUUGCCACUAAUCGUCUUUUAUUGUAAAGAAUUUGACCUUUUUGUUUUUACUGCUUAAUAAGGAUCUCUCAUAUUUUAACAAGUUUGCGAAAUUUAUGGUGGCAAAACAAGAGCAUUGCAGGAUUAUGCCAUUCAGGAAAAGCUUACCAAAAUCUGGUGUUAUCCAAACUCUUUGUGGCGCGAUCAGUUCUUCCCAUUUUAAUUUUAAUGUUGUUGUAAUAGUAAAGACCAUACUGAGUUAUGUUUUUAUAUUUGCUUAAAGCCUUCA